AUGGUGAAGUUGUUUGUCGGGAACCUGAACCCCGAGUCCAAGGCUGCUGACCUGCGAAAAAAGUUCGAAGCAUACGGUAAAGUAACCGAGUGCGACAUCGUCAAUAACUACGGUUUUGUGCGCACUGGUGGUCCUGGACCAAUGAGACGACGCCCGGAAGGACGGUUCAGGGAUUACCCACCAGAUCGUUUCCGUGGUCCCCCGCCAAGGUAUAUGGGUGGACCUCCUCCACCCCCUCCACCGCGAAUGAGUCGUUACGGCCCCGGUUGGGAUGAUGGUUACGGCGGUCCCUACGGACCUCCCCCACCUCGCGCCAGUCCUCGAGGGGGUUAUGAUUACCCAUCGAACGGAACCUCGGGACGUUAUCCCCCUCCACCUGAGCGUGUCGAACCUGUAAGGCCACCUCCAAGAGGUCCUGGUCGGGAACCACUACCGCCACCACCAGCUCCUGGUUCAGGAUACAGGGGGCCACCAAUGCCGGAACCUUUACCGCCGAGGGAUUAUCCUUCCAAAGCUGCCCCACCGCCACCCAGAUAUGAUAAUUAUGACGGUUAUGGUGAUUACGAUCGCUAUCGUGAGCCAGCGCCUCCAUCAAAUUCGCGUCCAAACGAUUAUUAUGACAAUUACGGCAACUACAGCAGCGGCGGAGGAUAUGACGAUUACCGAGAUAGCGAACGGUUGCCUCCAAGCAAUUAUGAUUCCGGCUACGAUUACGGUUAUUACGACUAUGGUACUCUUAUGGUCGUCCUUAAAGGGCGUUGCCAGUUUCGUGUCAAGUGGAGUAGCGGGCUUCGUGUUGCAUUUAAUUCCGUUAACCCCGGAGUGCUUGCGGAUCUGCCUUGCUUCUCUGCUGUCGUCGGUGAUCAAUAG